UAGCGCGCCCCCUGCAGGAGCCUGAGCGGCCGGGUGCGUUGGUCAGCAGUAGCCGGUCACAGGCGCCCCCUCCCCGCAGGGCAGCCUAGCGGCUGUCACCUCGGCUGCCGCUGCUCCUGCAAGGCUGGAGCGGAACUGCGAGGCCGAGGGAGGGGACCCUGCAAAAGGGCCGCGCGCCGGCCGCCGCCGCCCCGGCGCUGAGGGUCGGUGCCAGAGAGUCAUGCCCGUGAGCCCUGGGUCCCUCCUGAUGUCCCGCGAGGUCUCAGCACUCCCACACCCCAGGGCCGCCCGGCUGCACCCCAGAGGCUUGCUGGCCCCGCCCCAGAGUACUCGGUGCCUUGCUGCCCCUGCCCAGCCAGUUCUCCUGCAGCCCUGAGGAAGACCUGCGGCCAGCCUUGAGGAGACUCAGGCACCAAGCGUUUCAUCUCUGGCUAGUGCUGGGCAUCCCUGCGGCGAGAGGAUGGCGGUGCUGCGGCAGCUGGCGCUCCUGCUCUGGAAGAACUACACCUUGCAGAAGCGGAAGGUUCUAGUGACAGUCCUGGAGCUCUUUCUGCCCUUACUGUUUUCGGGGAUCCUGAUUUGGCUUCGUUUGAAGAUCCAGUCAGAAAACGUCCCCAAUGCCACCGUCUAUCCUGGCCAGUCCAUCCAGGAGCUGCCCCUGUUUUUCACCUUCCCUCCGCCAGGGGACACCUGGGAGCUCGCCUACAUCCCUUCCCACAGUGAGGCUGCCAAGAUGGUCACUGAGACUGUGCGAAGGUCACUGGUGAUCAACAUGAGAGUGCGCGGCUUUCCCUCUGAGAAGGACUUCGAGGACUACGUUCGGUACGACAACCGCUCCUCCAACGUGCUGGCUGCCGUGGUAUUCCAGCUGGCCUCCAACCACAGCAAGGAGCCCCUGCCGCUGGCGGUGAACUAUCACCUACGCUUCAGCUACACACGAAGAAAUUACAUGUGGACCCAAACAGGCAACUUCUUCCUGAAGGAGACAGAGGGCUGGCACACCACUUCCCUUUUUCCACUUUUCCCAAACCCAGGACCAAGGGAACCUGCAUCCCCUGAUGGCGGUGAACCUGGGUACAUCCGCGAGGGCUUCCUGGCGGUGCAGCACGCAGUGGACAGAGCCAUCAUGCACUACCACGCCAACGCCUCCGCGCACCAGCUGUUCCAGAAGCUCACAGUGGUCGCCAAGAGGUUCCCGUUCCCCCCGUUCAUCUCGGACCCCUUCCUGGUUGCCAUCCAGUACCAGCUGCCCCUGCUGCUCAUGCUGAGCUUCACCUACACCUCCCUCAGCAUCAUCCAGGCUGUGGUGCAGGAGAAAGAGAGGAGACUGAAGGAGUACAUGCGCAUGAUGGGGCUGAGCAGCUGGCUGCACUGGAGCGCCUGGUUCCUCAUGUUCUUCCUCUUCCUCCUCAUCGUGGUCUCCUUCAUGACCUUGCUCUUCUGUGUCAAGGUGAAGAAGAACGUGGCGGUGCUCUCAAGCAGUGACCCCUCCCUGGUGCUGGCCUUCCUUCUGUGUUUCGCCAUCUCCUCCAUCUCGUUCAGCUUCAUGGUCAGCACCUUCUUCAGUAAAGCCAACAUGGCAGCAGCCGUGGGCGGCUUCCUCUACUUCUUCACCUACAUCCCCUACUUCUUUGUGGCUCCUCGGUACAACUGGAUGACACUGACCCAGAAGCUCUUUUCCUGUCUCCUGUCCAACGUUGCCAUGGCGAUGGGAGCCCAGCUCAUAGGGAAAUUCGAAGCCAAAGGCACAGGCAUCCAGUGGCGAGACCUCCUGAGUCCCGUCAAUGUGGACGACGACUUCUGCUUUGGGCAAGUGCUGGGGAUGCUGCUGCUGGACUCUGUGCUCUAUGGCCUGGUGACCUGGUAUGUGGAGGCCGUCUUCCCUGGCCAGUUCGGUGUGCCCCAGCCCUGGUACUUCUUCCUCAUGCCCUCCUACUGGGGUGGGAGCCCGAGGUCGGUCGUCGGGAAAGAAGACGAUGACAGUGACCCUGAGAAAGCUCUCAGAACCGAGUACUUCGAGGCCGAGCCAGAGGAUCUGGUGGCAGGGAUCAAGAUCAAGCAUCUGUCCAAGGUGUUCCAAGUGGGGAAUAAGGACAAGGCAGCCGUCAGGGACCUGAACCUGAACCUGUACGAGGGGCAGAUCACCGUCCUGCUGGGCCAUAAUGGUGCAGGGAAGACCACCGCGCUUUCCAUGCUCACAGGACUCUUUCCACCUACCAGUGGACGUGCGUAUAUCAGUGGGUAUGAAAUUUCCCAAGACAUGGUUCAGAUCCGGAAGAGCUUGGGCCUGUGCCCCCAGCACGACAUUCUUUUUGACAACCUGACGGUGGCGGAACAUCUCUACUUCUAUGCGCAGCUGAAAGGCCUGUCUCAGCAGAAGUGCCCUGAAGAAGUCAAGCAGAUGCUGCACAUCCUCAAUCUGGAGGACAAGCGCAACUUGCGGUGCAGGUUCCUGAGUGGGGGCAUGAAGCGCAAGCUGUCCGUCGGCAUCGCCCUCAUAGCGGGCUCCAAGGUGCUGAUGCUGGACGAGCCCACCUCAGGCAUGGACGCCAUCUCCAGGAGGGCCAUCUGGGACCUUCUUCAGCAGCAGAAGAGUGACCGCACCAUCCUGCUGACCACCCACUUCAUGGAUGAGGCCGACCUGCUGGGGGACCGCAUCGCCAUCAUGGCCAAGGGGGAGCUGCAGUGCUGUGGGUCAUCGCUGUUCCUCAAGCAGAAAUAUGGUGCUGGCUACCACAUGACGCUGGUAAGGGAGCCGCACUGCAACCCCGAAGGCAUCUCCCAGCUGGUGCAGCACCACGUCCCCAACGCCACACUGGAAAGCAGUGUUGGGGCCGAGCUGUCCUUUAUACUUCCCAAGGAGAGCACACACAGAUUUGAAAGUCUUUUCGCUAAGCUGGAAAAUAAGCAGAAGGAAUUGGGCAUCGCCAGCUUUGGGGCCUCUGUCACCACCAUGGAGGAAGUCUUCCUUCGGGUUGGUAAGCUGGUGGACACUAGCAUGGACAUCCAAGCCAUCCAGCUCCCUGCCCUGCAAUACCAGCACGAGAGGCGGGCGAGCGACUGGGCUGUGGACAGCAAUCUGAGUGGGGUGAUGGACCCAACUGACGGCAUUGGCGCCCUGAUCGAGGAGGAGCACACGGUGGUCAAGCUCAACACUGGGCUUGCCCUCCACUGCCAGCAGUUCUGGGCCAUGUUCCUGAAAAAGGCUGCAUACAGCUGGCGGGAGUGGAAGAUGGUGGCGGCCCAGGUCCUGGUCCCCCUGACCUGUGUCACCCUAGCCCUCUUGGCCAUCAACUACUCCUCCGAGGUCUUCGACGACCCCAUCCUGAAGCUGAGCUUGAGCGAAUACGGCAGAACUGUGGUGCCCUUCUCAGUUCCGGGUACCUCGCAACUGGAUCAGCAGCUGUCGGAGCUCCUGAGAGACGUGCUGCAGGCUGAGAGGCAGGAGCCCCGCGAGGUGCUGGGUGACCUGGAGGAGUUCCUGGUUUUCAGGGCCUCAGUGGAAGGAGGUGGCUUUAAUGAACGGUGCCUGGUGGCAACAUCCUUCAGAGAUGUGGGAGAGCGGACAGUGGUCACCGCCCUGUUCAACAACCAGGCCUACCACUCCCCAGCCACCGCCCUGGCCAUUGUGGACAACCUUCUGUUUAAGCUGCUGUGUGGCCCUCAGGCCUCCAUCGUGGUCUCCAACUACCCCCAGCCCCGGAGCGCCCUGCAGGCUGCCAAGGACCAGUUCAAUGAGGGCCGAAAGGGAUUUGACAUCGCCCUCAAUUUGCUGUUUGCCAUGGCAUUCCUGGCCAGCACCUUUUCCAUCCUGGCAGUCAGCGAGAGGGCAGUCCAGGCCAAGCAUGUCCAGUUUGUGAGCGGUGUCCACGUGGCUACUUUCUGGUUCUCUGCUCUGCUAUGGGACCUCAUCUCCUUCCUAGUCCCCACUCUGCUACUGUUGGUGGUGUUUCGAGCCUUCGACGUGCGCGCCUUCACACGGGACGGCCACACAGCUGACAUGCUGCUGUUGCUUAUGCUCUACGGCUGGGCCAUCAUCCCCUUCAUGUACCUCAUGAGCUUCUUCUUCUCUGGCGCGUCCACUGCCUACACCAGGCUGACCAUCUUCAACAUUCUGUCAGGCAUCGCCACCUUCCUCGUGGUCACCAUCAUGCGCAUCCCAGCCGUGAAGCUGGAAGAACUUUCCAGAACCUUGGAUCACGUGUUCCUGGUGCUGCCCAACCACUGUCUGGGGAUGGCCGUCAGCAGCUUCUAUGAGAACUACGAGACGCAGCGGUACUGCACCUCCUCGGAGGUCGCUGCCCACUACUGCAAGAAAUACAACAUUGAGUACCAGGAGAACUUCUUUGCCUGGAGUGCCCCAGGGGUCGGCAGGUUUGUGACCUCCAUGGCUGCCUCGGGGUGUGCCUACCUCACCCUGCUCUUCCUCAUUGAGACCAACCUGCUGUGGAGACUGAGGACCUUGGUCUGUGCCUUCCAGAAGAGGUGGACACUGGCAGAAUUACACAGCCGGACCUCCAUGCUUCCUGAGGACCAGGAUGUGGCAGACGAGAGGAGCCGAGUCCUGGCCCCCGGCCUGGAUGUGCUACUCAACACACCUCUGACCAUCAAGGAGCUCUCCAAGGUGUAUGAGCAGCGGGUGCCCCUCCUGGCUGUGGACAGGAUCUCCCUCGCUGUCCAGAAAGGGGAGUGCUUUGGCCUGCUGGGCUUCAACGGAGCUGGGAAAACCACAACGUUCAAGAUGUUGACUGGGGAGGAGCCCAUCACCUCAGGGGAUGCCUUUGUUGGGGGCUACAGCAUCAGCUCUGACAUUGGGAAGGUGCGGCAGCGGAUGGGCUACUGUCCCCAGUUUGAUGCCCUGUUGGACCACAUGACUGGCCGGGAGAUGCUGGUCAUGUAUGCACGGCUCCGAGGCAUCCCUGAGCACCUCAUUGACCCCUGCGUGGAGAAUACACUGCGGGGCCUGCUCCUUGAGCCACAUGCCAAUAAGCUGGUCAGGACCUACAGCGGUGGUAACAAGCGCAAACUGAGCACCGGCAUUGCCCUCAUCGGAGAUCCUGCGGUCAUCUUCCUGGAUGAGCCGUCCACUGGCAUGGACCCUGUGGCCCGGCGCCUGCUUUGGGACACCGUGGCCCGGGCCCGCGAGUCUGGCAAGGCCAUUGUCAUCACCUCCCACAGCAUGGAGGAGUGUGAGGCCUUGUGCACCCGGCUGGCCAUCAUGGUGCAGGGUCAGUUCAAGUGCCUGGGAAGCCCACAGCACCUCAAGAGCAAGUUUGGCAGCGGCUACUCCCUGCGGGCCAAAGUCCGAAGUGAAGGGCAGCAGGAAGCACUGAAGGAGUUCAAGGCGUUUGUGGACCUGACUUUUCCAGGCAGUGUCUUAGAAGAUGAGCACCAAGGCAUGGUCCACUACCACCUGCCUGGAGGCGACCUCAGCUGGGCAAAGGUUUUUGGUAUCCUGGAGAAAGCCAAGGAGAAGUAUGGAGUGGAUGACUACUCAGUGAGCCAGAUCUCACUGGAGCAAGUCUUCCUGAGCUUUGCCCACCUGCAACCCCCCACUGCAGAGGAGGGACGAUGAGGAGCCGUCUGUUGCCUCCAGGCACCAGGCAGGGACUGGAUGAGCCUGUGCACAAUUGUGUACCCUCUCCCUCUGAGUUUCUCUUAUCUUUUAUUUUUAAUCACUUUUUUUUUAUGAUGGUAUGAAAAAAAUCAAGGCAAUCUGCACAGAAUGGACCAAAUGUGCCAGGGCCCUCACGUGGGAAUCAGCAUGCAAAUUUCCACUCACAUUCCCAGGCCCAGACAGGUGGGCAGUGUGAAUGGGUGAAGAGCUGUCUCAGGACUGCAGCUGACCCGGGGGCUGAAUUUCUCUACAUGCUCCCAGAGAAAGGGCUCUGUGACCUGUUCACGUUUACAUGUGCAUUAAGCUCCCCUGGGGAGGUAAAAGGAAGCCAGCAGGGAUGAGCUGUGGCAAGGCCCUCCCAGCUGCUGAGGACAAAAUGUUUUAAAUCACCGUCCAUCUGUGAAGGAAAGAUAUCAGCUGUGACUAAGUGCUGAAACCUGUUUCCAGUGCAUCCCAGAGGCACCCUGAAGAGUGGCUCCUCAGGGUUGGCCACCACUACAGGCCCAGCACCCUCCCACAAGUAUCUUCCAGAAGCAGCCAGCACAAGGAGGGACAGUGGCCAGAAUUGGCGUACAGUACUCUGUUCCCAGCUCUACCUGUGAGAACUUACUGGCCACAGGACAGUCAGGGACCACUACAGGGACUGAGCAGCUUGCCUCUUGUGCAUAUACUAAACACAUUAUGACUGUCCAGAAAAUAAAGGCUGAGGGAACAUGAUCACAGCCCGGGAGUCACACGUGUGAUGGGGGGUGGCACGGGUCUCGAUCACUCUCCCACAAUCCAAAUGUGUGGCUCUUAUACCAAGUUUCAGACAAAUACAGAAAUUUGCUUUUCCCAACAGGGAGCAAACUUAGAGGAUUCACUCCCAUCAGGUGAGGGAGCAGGCCCAAAAGCACAGGCCACAUCAGCAUCUACAGCCAAGAAAACAGAAUGUGGUUGGUGUAGGAGGCCUCUGGCUCCAGGGUCACCCAGCAGCAUGAACCAUUUUCCAGAAGAUUCUUCAGCAUUCAUCCCCCCUUUUAUUUAUGCACUGUUCUUCUAGUUUUCAAAAACUUUGUUGAUUUGUGGAUUUCUUUUUUCUGAUUGAACCCAGAGGAGCUUAAACAACUGAGCCAUAACUCCCUGCCCUUUUUAUCUUUUUAAAUUCUUUUAGAAUUCAGUUUUAGAAAAACUUGUUUUCAUCACCUGGCUCAUUUGGGACAGGUGACUUUAUUAGUCUCUGAAGACUUACGAAAGCUGAAAAUAGUUUCCAGUAGCGCUCCUGUCUCCUUUAAAUUUCUUCAAACUAUCAUCACUCAGUUCUGUGCUAUACAAAAUGUUAGAGAUGGUUGUAGCCUGGGAGGUGGGCCUGUUGUGGCCAUGCAACUUGUCAGCAGGCCUGAGGUCUCUGGGUCCAUGACUGAAGCUGUGUGCCCUUGCUGGGUUUGUGGGGUUAGGGGAGACAGGUCAGUGAAUGUGUGGCUGCCUGGCCACUAUUCUAUACCCAGUAGCCCUGCUGCAGGACAUCCUUAGACUUGACUUAAACCCAUGAGAUUUAGGAAUCUCACUUUUCUCCUUUGAGACCACUGAUUGUGAGGAAAGGUAUUUAGUAGGACUGAAGAAACAGCCGAUGUAAGGAACACACAUCAAAAUAGCCUGCUUCAGUACACUUGGAGACUGCCAUCCUCCCACAAGCUGCCAGCAGGUCUUAGGUGAGGACUGUCACAACCAGAACCCUUGUAGAUGAUCUAUGGCUAUGGAGGAGAACACUGUGCAGGGACCAGGAGGGGCAGGUACAUGCACAGUUAAAGGAUCCAGUGCUACACCUACGCACAAAGCCUGGAUGAUUGCAGCAGCAGCAGUUAGAAGGGAAGGGACCUCGGAAGCAGCACAAUGGGUUGGCACAUUGUCUCCCGUACCCAGUGGGUCUUCAGGGUGUGACUCUGUGCUGGACCAGAGGUAGAGGUAGAGUAAGGGCCAAGCCCCAGGAGCCCACCUGCUUGGCUCUUGAAAUGCAGCAGUUCCAGGCAGGAGAGGGCACCAUGGACUCCUGGGAUGGGGUAGUCUGGCCUGCCCUGCUCUCCUUCCAGUAUACUCCCUCGAGACCACCAGGGCCCAAGUCAUUGCUGCACCUGGCUGACCAGUCCUCCCAGGGGUUCCAGCACCAGCUCUGCUGCUAACUCAAAUGAGAUUCUGGAACCAGGAUUCUGCCUCUGCAGCUCUCUGUGGCCUGGCCCAGCGCCCAUGGAGCUGAAACAACACCUACGGCGAAGUCUGCGUGUUUUGUCUGUAGGACUGCCUGGUCCAAGAGUAUAUGGCUCAGCUGACAGUGUCACUACAGCCAGGACUUCAAGGGAGCCCCAGGAGGGAGGACAGUGAGUCCUGCUGUGGACAGGACUGAGUCUGAGGCCUCCAUUGCCUUGACAGGUUUAAAGGGGAAGAGUUACCCCCAGUCCAGGGGGACCCACCCCCAGCCAACCAGGACAGAUUUGCUUCAAGCAUCAGGAACUCCAGAACACAGAUCUAAAGAAGACAGAAAUGUAUUUCUCAGCUGUAUGAAGUCUGGGGAAGGAGCACAAGGCUUUGUGUCACCUCCAGGAUCUCAGGGGUCAAGUUCCAUUCACUGCUCCACCACCCUGCUGGGAGCCUCCCUCCCUGAGGUCUCCUGUCCGAGUUUGGAAUUGGCAGGGAGAAGGGUCUGUGGGGGAGACACAGACCUGAAGCUGACCUGAAGCUUUGGGACAGCUCCCUGAUGUCACUUCUGCUGUGAAUCUGGCACUGCCUGCAAAAUAGAUAUGUGGCUAUAACAGGUAUGAGAAAACCCAGAUGCAGGACAUGUCCCGCAUUCUCAUCCUGAAGACAGCUGGUUCCCAUGUGCAUGCCAGCACUGUCCACCUACACAGGAUACCCUCCUCACCUGAUGGGCCCUCAUGGCCUGGGCUCCAGGUAGCCUGGUGGGGGACUGAAGCUAUGGGGUUGGGCCCGGGGAGCGGGGGCCCUGCCUUCCUCCUCAACACACAGGGCUGCCCAGGCCCCGCUCCUGGGGCCCAGCCCACACCCCACAGAUGCUGGCAUCCAGGGCCUCCAGGGUCCGAGAAGGUCCAUGCAUCCCAGCUGCAGAUGGCACCAGGUCUACACUGCCGGUCACCACCACAGCUCUGCCCCAGACUCGUCCUUCACAGGUCACAGCUCUACAUCCAACUUUCUACCAGUCCCCAUAAUGUCCCCUUUAAGACCAGAAGAAUGGCUCAGUGUUCAGCAUCCUUGACUUCCUCAUGGUAGAAACAGACACGUGGCUUUGAGCUGAAGAUUCCUAGUGCUCAGAUCCACAGGCCCUGGUGGCGGGCAGCCCACUAGAGGGCGCCCCGGCCCUGGGGGUCCACCACCUCUUAAUACAAACCCAGAGCCAGGGAGGCCUCUCACAACUACAGACCCUUCCAGCUGGCAAAGCUCACUUAAGCCAUCUGCCUAGCAUCCUUUCACCCAGUUUGGUCACCCAGAAGGACCAGCCAACAUCUCCUCUCAGCCCCCCCUUUUCAGACAGAUGCCAGGCCUUGAUAACAGGACCUUCAGCACGUGUCCUCUUCUGAGGUCUCCCUUGGUCACAGUCACAAGUCAUUACCCUCCCUUCCUCCUGGCUGGGCCUCGCCUACCCUCAGCAGGGCGUAGUUUCAGCAGUAGAUAGAGGGGCUUCCCUGAUAUGAUGUAAAGGUGCAAUGCCUAUUCAGAGCUGACCUGACCACCUCAGCCCAGGCUACUCUGACAAACCCCAGCACACCCACAGCUGCUAAAGCAGCACCCACAUUGCUAACAGGUGACCUUCAGCCCUGGGAAAGUGAAGGAAAGGGGUUCAACAUGUCCAGAUGCAAGAUGUCUCCCACAUUUUCCAUCCUAAAGGGCAGGGUCUCAUCAGCAUUCCUGGGCUCUGGUCAGCUGCAGAUGCCCCUCCACACCCUGGCAAACCAGGGCCAAAGACAUCCUUGAAGGCCCCCAUCUCCACGUCCCUCAGCCUCCACAGCCUCAACAAGCUGGUAGUGGGGCUGGUGCAGGGGCUGCCAGGACUCCUGGGAGGCAGGGGAGGUACCUAGUUUCAUUCCUCAUAAUUCUCCCAAACAUAUUUUUGUUGAUAAUGAAAACGGCCAAAACCAGGAUGCUCAAUUCUCAAAGAUCAAAAACUGAUAGUACACUUGAUUACCAAAAUUUGUAACAUUUAGAAACAAAUUUGAUUAGAGUACCUGAAUAAAUCACAUACUUAG